UUUUAAGCCAUUGCUCCCCAUCUUAGCUUGUUCAUACCAACCAAUCCAUAAAGUUACCCUCUUUUUUUUUUUUUGCUUUUUAAUAUUUAAUAUAUUUAAUAAUAAAUAUCAUCACCUUCCAUUUAUUUCCUUCAUCUUCUUUGUUUUCAUAAGCUUAAACCUACCUAGCCCAUCAAUAUAUACAUACAACUAUAUUUUAAAAUAUAUAUACAUAAAUAUAUAUAUUUAGUUAUAUACAUAUAUAUAUAAUAUGACGUCGCCUUUGCAAAGAACAUUGCUUAAGGUUAUAGUGCUUGGUGAUAUUGCGGUUGGGAAGACUUCUCUAAUUACAAGAUACGUGCACAAAAAGUUCAAUCAGCAAUACAAAGCAACAAUUGGAGCAGAUUUUGUGACGAGAGAGUUGCAAAUUGAUGGCAAACUAGUUAGCCUCCAGAUUUGGGACACAGCUGGACAAGAAAGGUUUCAGAGUUUAGGACCUGCAUUUUUCAGAGGAGCAGAUUGUUGUGUGUUAGUGUAUGAUGUAAAUGUCCAGAAAUCCUUUGAAGCCCUUCAAACAUGGCGAGAUGAGUUCAUUAAACAGACGGACAUUCCAGACCCAAACAAGUUCCCAUUCGUGAUCAUUGGAAAUAAGAUUGAUCAAGAUGCUGGAGCAAGUCGCGUGGUUAAAGAGAAAAGAGCAAGAGAGUGGUGUGAAUCAAUAAAAUCAGGGCCAUUAGGUACUGAAAUUCCAUACUAUGAGACUUCUGCAAAGGAAGAUGUUAAUGUGGAAGAUGCCUUUUUUAACAUUGCUAAAGCUGCACUCUCUCAUGAUCGUUCCCAAGAAUUAUACUUUGAAAGUAUAACCGAGACGGGUUCUCUUUCGGAAAUAGUUGAACAACAGAGCAGAGGAUGCCCCUGUUAAAUUAACAAUUCAUUAUCCAAUUUCAUAAAUGUUAUUUAAUUCUUUUUAAUUUAUUUGUACAAAAUCUACUUGGUGCACCAUAAUCCAAAGUAAAACUAAAAAUUACGGAGAUUUUAUGUCAUGGUUAUUGUAUUGAUCUUGUUAAUUCUUGUGAGUCUUAAGGGGAGGUUGUAAGUGAUUUAUUUUGUAUUUGAACAUGUAAUUCCUUGUGUUGGAAGGUGAGUAACCCAAAAAUAAUAGCAACUUCUUUGAGAUUUUAUUGAAUUUUUUUUUUUAUAGAUAAUACAUGUCCUUUUGAUUUUUUUUUAAUGAGGGAGUAUCAAACUCUAUUAUCUCCGGCUAGUCUCUUGAGAUACCGUCUCUUUGAGAGACGUAUCUUAAGCUCAGCCUAUUAAAGACAAAUGUCUACUUAUUGUAUUCUUAAUGCCUACUUAUAUUAUCCUAAAUGCUUACUUACUGUAUCUUUAAUGCCUAAUUU